AUGCAUUUCCGUCCUGCUGCACGCGCAGCUGCCGUGCUCGCAAUUGCGGCGCUUUUUGAAGCAGCUCCUACAACAGUUCAGGCAUCGUCUAAUGCUGGCUCGCCCAGCUUCGAUGUCUAUCCUCCCUCUGGGACUGUAGUCAACUCUUCGCUCUUCCCACCGGAGUCUGUUGUCGGCUUCCCAGGCCCAACGCCCACUGGUGUCGAGCCCAAUGCCAUCCAGACAGCUCCCUCGUACCCCUACAACGACAACAAAGCCAGCUCGUUUCCCCUCAUUGUCCCGCAACCCCACGGCAAUGACGCCGAAUCCAAAUUCGACAUCAGCAGGUACUGGGGCAAUUUGUCGCCAUGGUAUUCUCUCCGCUCCGCAGACUACGGUCUGCCUGACGCAAACCCUCUUAUUCCUGAGGGAUGCGACAUCACCCAGGUCUUGUUGCUGUACAGACAUGGUGCUCGCUACCCCACAAGCGGUGCCGCACCAGCCACUUUUGCCCAGAAGCUUGUAAAUGCGACAAAGGCAGGUGGGGUGGCUUUCUCAGGCGAGUUGUCUUUCCUGGGCGACUGGACUUACAAGCUCGGCGCUGAACUCCUUACACCGUUUGGUCGUAGCCAAGAUUUCUUGCUCGGCGUCGAGUACAGGCAGUUGUACGGACACUUGCUCAACAACUUCACUGCUGCGGGCACGCUGCCUGUGUUCAGGACGCAGAGUCAGGACCGCAUGGUCAAAACGGCUGAGAACUUUGCUGCCGGUUUCUUUGGCGUGCCGGAGUAUAUGAGUGAGGUCAACAUUGAGAUUAUGGUAGAGACGCCGAGUGUGAACAACUCUGGUGCCCCCUACGAGGUCUGCUUGAACUCGAACGUCGCUAGCAAGGGAAGUAUUGGAAGUACUGUUGCUGCAAAAUAUGCUGCGAAUGCUUUCAACGCCACCAUCGCCCGCCUUCAGUCGCAGGCUAAGGGCAUAAACUUCACUGCAACCGACGCCAUUGCCAUGCUACAGCUCUGCUCAUAUGAAACCCCCGCGCUCGGCUACUCCGCCUUUUGCGACCUCUUCAGCGAAGAAGACUUCCUCAACUACGAGUACUACUACGACCUCUCCUUCUACUACAAUAACGGCCCAGGCUCACCUGUCGCCGCUGCGCAAGGAAAAGGCUACCUGGACGAAUACAUAGCGCGCUUCACGGGUAAAUAUCCGUCCGCUAACUCAGCACUCAACGAGACGUUCGACAACACGACGACGUACUUCCCGCUCACGCAGUCCAUCUACGCCGACGCGACGCACGAAGUCGUCGUCCUCGACGCACUGAUGGCAUUUAAUUUAACUGCCCUCUUCGACGGCCCUCCGCUGAGCCCCACGGGGAACGAGCACGCCAAUUCGUUUGUCGCAAGCCGAAUCGUGCCCUUCGCCACGCACUUCACAACGCAGGUGUUGUCGUGUCCUGCCAAGAGCCCUAGCAAGCAGAUCCGCUUCAUUGUCAACGAUGCCGUCAUCCCCAUCAACGGAUCCUACCCAGGCUGUCCCGCAGACAAGGAUGGACUGUGCUCCUUCGACAACGUCGUGAGCGUGCUGCAGAAGCGCAGCGCCGAGAUUGACUACGCACAUGAUUGUCUGGGAAACUACACUGCGUCGCCGGGCGUGAACUACAACGGGCGCGCGCCGAGGUCGUGA